GUUUACAGCACCUUACAGACGUCAGAUCAUCAGAUAGUUUGUCUCUGAAGCAACAACGUCGCUCUAGUUCGCAGUGAAGCAACUCUUCCAGUUCCCACCAUGUCCAUCGAGCCGGCGGCCGAGCUGCCUUUUUUCUACGGCAGCAUCAGCCGCUCAGAUGCUGAGCAGCACCUGAAGCUGGCCGGGAUGUCCGACGGGCUCUUCUUGUUGCGACAGUGUCUCCGCAGUCUGGGAGGCUAUGUCCUGUCUAUCGUGUGGAACCUGGAGUUUCACCAUUACCCCAUAGAGAAGCAGCUUAAUGGGACUUACUGCAUCGUAGGAGGGAAGCCUCACUGUGGGCCUGCAGAACUCUGUGAGUUUUACAGCAAAGACGCUGAUGGGCUUGUGUGCUCCCUGAAGAAACCCUGUCUGCGGCCCCCGGAUACGCCGAUACGAGCCGGCGUGUUCGACAACCUGAGAGAAAACAUGCUGAGGGAAUACGUAAGGCAGACCUGGACCCUGGAGGGAGAAGCCAUGGAGCAGGCCAUCAUCAGUCAAGCUCCUCAGCUGGAGAAACUGAUCGCCACGACGGCCCAUGAGAAGAUGCCUUGGUAUCACGGUAAAACCACCCGUCAGGAAAGCGAGAGGCGGCUUUACUCUGGAGUACAACCAGAUGGCAAGUUUCUAGUGAGAGACAGAGAGGAGACAGGCUCUUUUGCUCUUUCAAUGGUGUAUGGGAAAACAGUGUACCACUAUCAGAUCCUCCAAGACAAGUCAGGGAAGUUCUCCAUGCCGGAGGGAACAAAGUUUGACACAAUCUGGCAGCUGGUUGAAUACCUGAAGAUGAAACCUGAUGGCCUGGUGACUGUUCUCGGGGAGGCGUGUGUCAACGGCAAAAAUGCUGGAAAGACACCCAGUCUUCCUGCAAUGAGGCGAACUGCUGCAAAUCGAUACACACCGCCACCUGGAGCAACCGCUGUACCCGAAGAUCGUGACGUGCUGCCGAUGGACUGCAAGGAAUUCAACCCGUACCACAACCCGAAUGAAGUGAGAAGGUUUAACAUUAAGAGGACUCAGCUGCUGAUUGAUGAAGUGGAGCUCGGCUCUGGGAACUUUGGCUGCGUCAAGAAAGGAGUCCUCAAGAGUGAAUCGGGCCAGAAAGAUGUGGCCAUCAAAGUGCUGAAGAGUGAAAAUGAAAAGCUGGUCAAGGAGGAGAUGAUGAGGGAGGCAGAGAUCAUGCACCAGCUGGAUAACCCCUUCAUCGUUCGCAUGUUGGGUCUGUGCAACGCUGAGAACCUGAUGCUGGUCAUGGAGAUGGCCUCUGCAGGACCUCUCAACAAAUUCCUCUCCAGCAAUAAGGAUACUGUAACUGUGGAGAACAUUGUCAACCUGAUGCACCAGGUGUCGAUGGGAAUGAAGUAUCUGGAGGAGAAGAACUUUGUGCACAGAGACUUAGCAGCUCGUAAUGUCCUGCUGGUCAACCAACAGUUCGCCAAAAUCAGUGACUUCGGGCUCUCCAAGGCUCUGGGAGCAGACGACAACUAUUACAAGGCUCGUACUGCAGGUAAAUGGCCACUGAAGUGGUACGCUCCAGAAUGUAUAAACUUCCACAAAUUCUCCAGUAAAAGUGAUGUGUGGAGUUUUGGUAUCACCAUGUGGGAGGCCUUUUCCUACGGAGGGAAACCUUACAAGAAAAUGAAAGGACCAGAGGUGAUGCGCUUCAUUGACGCUGGGAACCGCAUGGACUGUCCAGCAGCCUGUCCAGAGCGAAUGUAUGCGGUGAUGAAUGAAUGCUGGACGUACAAGCACGAGGAUCGUCCUGACUUCAAGAAGGUUGAGGAGUCCAUGAGGUCUUACCAUUACUCCAUAUCGUCCAAGGCCAAGCCCGAGGGAGCUGAAGCCGCUGCUGAGCCUGUCAAGUAGACAGAAACAAGGCACAUUCUGUCCCAGUGUUGCACAAAGCAUCCUUUCAACUGGCCAUUAAAUAACCAAAACAAAGAGCUUUUUAUGAACAGUGCACACUGACCAGCUACGACUACAGUACCAAUACAGCCAAACAGGCCUCAAUGACAAUAAAUGUGCAUUUGUAAAUUGGACUUCAGUGUGUCAGCCAUGUAAGGAGGAACUCUGUUUGUCUGUCAUUCAUGUUUGAAUGUUAAGUGUUGACGUCGUUACAUUGAUGAACAAACUAAUUUUAUAUUCUGGUAUUUAGUACAUGUGUAAGUUGUUGUUUUUCACUGUAUCUCUACUCUACCCAUAAGUAGUUUAUUGUUUUUUUUAAUGUUCAAAUAAACUAUAAAUAGA